AUGGAAACUCUAGUAUCUUCAAGUCAUCUUUGCGCAUCGCAAAUUAAAGAGUAUGGUCACUUUCUAAAGGAAUACGAACAGAAGCUGAACCAAUUGCUGCUUCCGGCACCAUCAACAAGCCCUAUCCCGAGUAUAGUGCGGCUUGAUUAUGCGUGUGGCAAUGAGCAGCUUCCGGCUGCUCGGAUGAUCGAGAACAGCCACGGUACCCAUGGAAAAAAGAGUAGCAUGCCCGGAGGCGGAAGUACGGUGCCUCUGAAUAAGAUUUUGUCCACUUUCGCCCAACUUUGCCGUGAAAUCGAUUGCCUCGAGUGGGAAAUCCACUUGCUAGUUCGCACGAUUUCAGAGCGAACGGAAUCGAUUCGCGAUGCCGUCGGAACGGAUCGCCUACCCUUGCUGUGGAUAGCACAGAACAUUGAUCUGAUGGCCAAAGUACAGUGUCAUUUCGAGCGACUGCGGGAUGUCGGUGUCCUGUUGCUACGUCAGAUCGGAGCUUUUUUCGACGAGGAAGCUGCGUACGGUCGUGGGACCAAACGUUCGAAGAAGAACGGAUAUGAUGGCAAAUCGCCACCGUCACUGGACGUGGAUUAUCUCUUCGAAUGCCUUGGUAAACUGUUACGCGUUGCUUUAGAGCUCGAUCACAUCCUUCGCAAAACGAGUCUCGUGGCCCACUGGAGGGCAUUCAGCCUGAAGUUACGUCAACCGGCCACUAGCCAGCGCUCGCAGACCAAACCCGGUUUCCGUGAUCUGCUCUCGAUCUGUCACUCGCUUGGGUUUUGGAUCGGAGAUGAGUCAACCCCAGAAACAACCGGCCAAAAGCGGGUGCUCGAGGCGCUCUACAAGGUGAAAACGAAAUUCGACCCGGUCAGCUCGGGAGAAGCGUUCAGCGAUCGAUUUCUGCGUUUUCUUAAGCGCCAAUUGGCAACACUUGUCGCGGGGCUGCGUAUCAAUGCUGGUUGUAUUGAUAUCGCGCAAAGUAAUGGUGUGAUUACCGUAAACGUGCUUCUCAACUUUGCCCUGCAUCUGUUUCUGCCCAUCGAACAACGGAUGUUGAAGAAUCUGAUUGAAAUUAACCUAAAGUUCCCAUUGAUUCCGCUAGAACACAACUUUCCCUGGCUGCCGGACGAGUUCGUGCGGGACCAGGGUCACAAGCUGUUGCGUGACUAUGAUGUCAGCUCGGCACCGACUCCGGUCAGUACGCCAGUUGCAGCGGGCAUCUUCGACUACCAGAAGGCGCGGGACGCAAUGUUGGUGCAGUGGGAAAAGUUGGGCACGGCUCAGACACUCUGUCUGCACGCCACUUGUUGGCUGGUUGAGGCACACAUUCAACUUCGCUUCCAAGCUCGCCCGAACGCGGCAGCAUCAUCCGAUGCGACCAACUUUACUCUCGAAACACUCCGCACCAAGUGUAGCCUGCUGCUAGGAGGUAUCCGGCUGGUUCGGGAAAUGGAGUACGUGCUGCGUGCGCUCUACGCACUGUACGGCAGUCGACCAACGGAUCAGACCGAUCGACUCAUACUUUACCGCCGACUGCUGGUGGAGUUUCUGUUGUGCUCUACGCGCCGUUCGGUGAUCGUACCCUGUCUGCAGUUUAUCGUUCAACAUCAACAACACAAAAUCUAUUCCAUCAUCUGCGGUACCGAGAAAAAAUUGCUCCGCGAAGCGAAGGACACCAAAUCAGCCGCCGGAGGUUCGCUGUGGCUCGAGAAGCUCGCCACCAUCGAUGUGCUGAAAAAGUGUCUUCACGGACCGGCCACACCGGACCGGGUGGGCCUGGCGAAGCUUACGGUUGCCCUCUGCCACGGCGAGGCUACGAACAGCCCGGCCGGAGCCCUGCUACUGCCUCUGUCGGACGAUGCGUACCGAAAGGUUGACUCGUUGCUCGAUCGUCUUGCCACUUUGAUCAAAUGGGAGGAGGAAUGUACACGGUCGGACGUCACUGCCAAGUUUGCCAGGUUGGCUGGAAGUGCGGCUACCGGCAUGACGGCCUUACCGGCGACCGUUGUGCCAAUGAGUAAUCGUAUCGAAACGUUCAUUCGCUGGGAUUUCCAUGGCAAGUGCACCCAGAUUGAACCGUACGAUCCGUUUCGUGACAGCGACGUUUCGAGUGAUCACACGCAGCGGCUUGUGUUUGCGUUUUUGCGCACCCGAACCGCGCGGCUCGAAGGAAGCGACCAGGAGGGGUGGUUCAAUGCACCGCAUGCGGUUGCGCAACAUCUCAGCGACGUGUUUUACACACUAUCGACGAUCUCGCCUUCCGAGUGGCGUAUUUACCGCGAGAUGCGCACGAUCGUUGAUCGAAAGUAUGGAGUUAGGCUGGUGGAAGAUCAAUUGCCGCGUACAACGGCCGAAGAUAGGCGCGGUCCACGUGGACACGGCCAGGAUGAUGAUAUUCUGGCACUGAUGGAGGAUUUUGAGUCGUUCAUCAGUUCGUAUGGGUACGAUCUGCACGGACAGUUGUUUAUCGAACGCCAGCAGGGUGGUGGUAUCUCCGUUGGAGGUACGGGGGGUGGUGGUGGAGUUGUGAACGUAGUCAAAAUCGAGCAUAUUGCCAAUUCAAUCAAACGGCACGGACCCGGCAUCAUCAGCACAGUGGUCAACUACGCGUUCCAGUUUUUGCGUCAGAAGCUGUUUACCUUCUCUCACUUCCUGUACGACGAGCAGAUCCAAUCGCGGCUGGUGGCCGAUGCCAAAAAGCUGGCCACCGCCGAAGGUACCGAACCGUCCAGCGCUCCCAGCUACACCUACGAGCGGGCGCUGGCUUUCAAUCGGCGUAUUCGCCAGCUCGGUCUCUCCGACGAUGGUGAAUCGUACGUUGAUCUGUUCCGGAAACUGAUCUGUCAUAUUGGCAAUGCUAUGGCUUUCGUUCGGUUGCUGCAUUCUGGUGCCUUACACGAGUGUACGGGAGCGGCCGAGUUCCUCUUCUCGCAUCAAGAAGAAGACCACGCACAGGGACAGGCGAAUGAUGAUUCGUCGGCCGUUGGUAUUUGGCGUCAGGAUAUGGCCGCCGUUCGGAGCAGCUGGCGACUAGAGAACGAGUUUUUCCGACUGUUAAUCAACGCCUUCGAAGGGUUUCGACGCCGUCGACGGCCUUCCAGUGAGGCCAACGCAUCCGGCAGCAACGCGGCAGACAGCUUUGCCCAUCUUGAGCUUUUCUAUCUCAUAAUACCACCGCUCACGAUCAGCUACGUAGAGGCAAUGCUGAAGGCGAAGGAAACCAUCGCCAAAAAGGACCGCCACGGUACAUUUCUGCCGACCGACGAUGGUUUCGUGAUGGGACUUUCGUAUCUGCUGACGCUGCUCAAUCAAACGGCAGCCUUCAACUCGUUGCACUGGUUCAAGGAGGUGCACGCCAAACAUGCUCGCGAAAUGGCCAAACUGAACCAACAGACGGCCUCGAACACCGCAGCUCAUCUGCUGCAGCACUCCGCAGACGCAUCGGAGGAAAAGAUGCUACCGACGGUGGCCCUCACUCGGAAGCGUUUGAACGCCAUCCAGCACGAAUUCCAACUGCUGCAGUACAAUCUGUCUAGUUCGAAAAUAUUCUUCAAAUAACGUCGACCGUGACCCAUCUUCAUUCCAACCAUUGCUCUGAUGUGUCGGGCUCACUGU